AACCAUGCAGCGCACGCUGACCGUGACCGUCAUACGGCACUUCGCCCUUAGGAAAAAGCUGUGUUCUCUGAAUUUUCGACCAGCUGCCGCUAUGUCUACACUCCUAAUCAACCAGCCAAAAUACUCCUGGCUGAAAGAACUUGGUCUAAAUGAGGAAAAUGAUGGGGUUUACAACGGAACGUGGGGAGGCAAAGGAGAGGUGAUCACCUCAUAUUGCCCAGCAAACAAUGAACCUAUUGCCAGAGUGCGCCAGGCAAGCAUGGCUGAAUAUGAAGAAACAGUACAGAAAGCCAGAGAGGCCUGGAAGGUGUGGGCAGAUAUUCCUGCACCAAAGAGAGGGGAGAUAGUGAGGCAGAUUGGUGACGCCCUGCGGAGGAAGAUCAAAGUUCUGGGUAGUCUGGUGUCUCUGGAGAUGGGGAAGAUCUAUGUGGAAGGUGUUGGGGAGGUGCAGGAGUAUGUCGACGUGUGUGACUAUGCUGUCGGGCUCUCCCGAAUGAUAGGUGGUCCCGUCCUGCCCUCUGAGAGGCCGGGCCAUGCUUUGAUUGAACAAUGGAACCCCGUGGGUCUAGUGGGAAUCAUCACCGCUUUUAACUUCCCUGUGGCUGUCUAUGGCUGGAACAAUGCCAUUGCCCUUAUCUGUGGCAAUGUGUGCCUCUGGAAAGGAGCUCCUACCACUCCUCUUACCAGUGUAGCAGUAACAAAAAUUGUUGCUGAAGUUCUGGAGGCAAAUAACUUGCCAGGUGCCAUUUGCUCUAUGACUUGCGGUGGAGCAGACAUUGGUACAGCGAUGGCUAAGGAUGAGCGUGUGGACCUGGUGUCCUUCACCGGCAGCACUCACGUGGGUAAACUGGUCUCUCUGAUGGUGCAAGAGAGAUUCGGUCGGCAGCUGUUGGAGCUAGGAGGGAAUAAUGCCAUUGUGGUGUUUGAGGAUGCUGAUCUGAACCUGGUGGUCCCCUCCGCUGUCUUUGCCGCCGUGGGAACUGCUGGACAGCGCUGCACAACCACCAGGAGACUGAUGCUGCACGAGAGCAUUCACGAUGAAGUGGUGCAGAGGAUAGCCAAAGCCUACAAGCAAGUCCGCAUCGGCGACCCUUGGGAUCCUAACACGCUGUAUGGACCCCUUCACACCAAGCAAGCUGUGGAACAGUACCUGGCAGCCAUAGAGCAGGCCAAGCAGCAGGGAGGCACUGUGGUGUGUGGUGGCAAGGUCAUGGAUCGCCCUGGAAACUAUGUGGAGCCCACCAUCAUCACUGGACUGGCCCAUAAUGCCCCAAUUGUCCACACUGAGACCUUUGUGCCAAUCCUGUACGUGCUGAAGUUUAAGACGGAGGAGGAGGCAUUUGCUUGGAACAAUGAGGUCAAACAGGGCCUUUCCAGCAGUAUCUUCACCAAGGACAUGGGCAGAGUGUUCCGCUGGCUGGGACCCAAGGGCUCUGACUGUGGUAUAGUCAACGUCAACAUUCCAACCAGUGGAGCAGAGAUCGGAGGAGCUUUUGGAGGGGAGAAGCACACCGGAGGUGGUCGGGAGUCAGGUAGUGAUUCAUGGAAGCAGUACAUGAGGAGGUCUACAUGCACCAUCAACUACAGUAAAGACCUGCCUUUGGCACAAGGAAUCAAAUUUGAGUAAAGAACUCCUGUCUGGAAAUCCAGUUCAUCCAGCAUCUUUCAUAAACAAUAGAAACACUAGAUUUUCUUUUCCAGUUUGGCCUUGGUUUACUUUUGUCAAAGAAUUCCUUACAAGCGCUUAAAUCUUCUCAUGCUGUCAGUCGGUUAGGAACUAACAUUUCAUGAACUUAAUCUGCACUUUUUUAUGUCUCAUACCCCCAGGUGGGUAAAAUUUUCUCUACAAUUUUUAUAGUGAUAACCAUGUCGAAGAAAAGGUCAAAAAGGACUAAGCAAUCAAAUAAUGUUUAUCCUACUUCUACUUCUUUUUGAGCUCUUUCUUGUGUAUAUGCUGCAGUGUGAAUGCAGGUGCUUUGUACAAAUAAAUCCUCCCUUUCUUUUGGAAAGUA